UCAGUUGACCAAUCAGAGAUCAGUAUGAGAUACCUGAGCAGGUAUAAAACUCCACCUGUCUCUCUCACUCUUACAUCAGUACAGUAAACUAACAGAGCUCAUAGAUUAUGAAGGCUGGAGGUGUUUUUGUCCUCUGUGUCUUCUGCUUCAGUCUCUUCAGUGGAGUCUGUGGUCAGAUGAAGGACAUUUACAUGAAGAUUGUGGAUCUGGUGGCUCCAGGUGAGAAGAUCCUCACAGAAGAUGCAGUUCGUUGGAUUUGUGGCCAGCUUGAGAAACGUGUGCAGUGCUCAGAUGUGUCCUGUGAAAAGUGUCUUUCUGUAUCUGGUCUGUCUCAGCUCUUGAGUAACUCCAGUAGUUCAGAUGGUCUUCAGAUGGAGGAGUUCUUCAUGAUCUCUGCUGGUCUCUGUUUGUAUCUGAGCUCUCCAGCGGAGACCUGCAGGGCCGUACGUGAGGGACGAUGGGGUGCGGAGACCGAACACUUCAUCCAAACAACCUUAGGGCACGGUAACCAUGACAACAUCGGCAGCCAUCCUCCCCAUGCUGAUGUCAGCAUCACAGAAUAUGAGGAUUUGGAGAGAUUGUUUCUCGAUAUAGAGAAAUACUAUCAGCCCGACACACAUGAGCCCUGUUUUUCUCUGAAUGAUAUCUUGGAGGAGAGCAGCGAUCAUCAUGAAGAUCCCACACAUGUAGAUUUGGAUGUCGUGUUGGGAAACAUCAUUUAUCAUGUCCUGCGUGGAGACUGCAUGAGAGCGAAUGUCCUGCCAGAGCAACAAUACUUUCUGGAUUACAUCUUCAACCACACAGAUCAUCUCAGUCUACAUGAUUUUGAAGAGCUUGUGAAGAUCCUGAAUCUGGGUGGGGUGGAUCAUGAUGAUGAUGAUCACGAGCACAGCAGACACACAGAUCAUCAUCAUGACCACACAAACUGGGACUCUACCUGUUUUAGUGCCAUAGACCUGCUGAGGAUCCACCAUCUGAACUCUUCGACACUGACCAGAGAUCAGUUCACCCAGCUCAGCCCUGCACUGAUUCAGCAGAUCAUCAGUAAUAGCUGUUCUGAGAUCAGUCUGAGUGCCUUGAGACCCGACUCUCUGAGCACAGCCGAGAGAUAUGGAUACGCCACCCUGGCAAACCUCAUCAUCUGUCUGAUGGCCAUGUUUGGUUUGGUGGUGUUGUUAUUUUCCUCCUGUAGUCAAGUGUUUGAACUCUGUAUUCAGUUCUGUAUCAGUCUGGCUGUGGGUUCACUGACGGGUGAUGCUCUGUUACAUCUCAUCCCAUCAUUUUUAGGCCUUCAUUUACAUGAAGACAGUGAACACCAUCAUCAUGACCAUUCAGCAGAAACCUUUAACUAUGUUUACAAGCUUCUGGUGGUUGUUGGAGGCAUCUACAUCUUCUAUCUGCUGGAAACUGUGUUCUCCAUUAUCACUCGACAAGAUCAUCAUCAUGACAGAGAGUCAGAUCCUCAUCACUGUGAUCACAGUAAAGUCCUGCAGAUGUUUCAGAGAAAAAGAGAAAAUCAAUCAAACUCACAGACUGAACUGGUGGAUGGACAAAAAAACAAUGGCUCUUACCUGGAGUCAGUCAGUCCUAAAAGAGAGCUGCGUCUGCUUCCCUACAUGAUCAUCAUCGGUGACAGCAUUCAUAACUUUGCUGAUGGUUUGGCGGUGGGUGCAGCGUUCUCUGUGUCCUGGCGUUCGGGUCUGGCAACAUCUCUGGCCGUGUUGUGUCAUGAACUCCCACAUGAGCUCGGUGAUUUUGCAGUGUUGAUAAGCUGUGGUUUGUCUGUAAAGAAAGCUCUGUUGUUGAAUGUCGGCAGUGCUCUCACGUCUUUCAUUGGUUUGUACAUCGCUCUGUCCGUCUCUACACAUACAGACGCUCAACAGUGGAUCUCUGCCCUCACCGCUGGCUUCUUUCUCUAUGUUGCUCUUGCAGAUAUGUUGCCGUCUAUGGUUCAUGUGGACAGUAAGAGACCCUGGCUGAUGUUUCUGUUACAGAAUUUGGGACUUUUGAGCGGUUGGGGGAUUCUGUUGCUCCUGUCUGUAUAUGAAGAUCAGAUUGGGGUUUAAUCACGUGUACAUGCUAAUCAUGAGCCUCAAACACGAUUGUUUCCUCCUGUUUAUGUAAACCUCGUGCAUGCAAAAGACGGCUGGAAAACAGACCAAUCUCAACAUAACAUAGACUGUGACGUUACAGUCCAGAUGUACGCCAUCAACAUUAAAUUACUUACAAUGUUGUUACAAUGCUAAGAACAAAGUUGUGACUGCUGUGUUAGCGCUAUAUGCUAGUGUUUAAGAUAAAGUUCUACUAUUGACGUUACAGUUACACAGACUGAUCUCACAGAAAGUCGUGUUAUAGUCACAAAAAAUUUAAUUAAUUUAUUUGUGUCCAUUGCACGAAAUUCAGCUUUUUUCAUGCCUUGAGCACAAUUGUCUUUUUCGUGCCACUCGCACAAAUUUCUAUAGUUUUUCAUGUCCGUUGUACAACCUUCUUUUUUGUUUCAUUUUAUGUUUUGUUUUUUCAUAGUAUUUUCUAACCAGUUUGAAAAGCGGAAGAAAAACAUGUAGAAAACCAAUACAUGAAAGUACAUCCUAACCCUAACCCCAAACGACAAUGAUUUAAAAAUUGGGAAAAAAUUAGAAAAAAAAUGCAUAAAAUGACAAAAA